AUGAGAAGAAGCAGCGCAUUGGACUUGUUGUUGCUGACGGCAACAGAAGGGGCUCUACUCUCUGGUAUCGACCAGGAUGCGCAGCCACGACUUCCCGCGAAUCAAUCUUCACUCUACGAGGGAGGGAUUGCUGGACCGUCCGGACAGGCGAAGAGUCUGGCCACCCGGGGAGCUGCAAGGUUUCCAUAUCCUUAUGGUAAAGAUAGUAAGGUGGUCAAGUUAAUACCCUAAGACACUUGCUGGCCUACAAUGGUGCUGACCUCGGACUGACUGGAGCAACCGCGGCAGGGCUUUUACGAGCAUGAUUUGGGACAGAUGUCUGUGAAAGGAUAGUCAAUUAGAUCCUCGGAACUGUCACUGGAAUUUUCUGAGCUUUAUUGAUUGGUCU